UUGUUUGACUUUUCUAAGCAGAUCAAUCAGUGAAGCAUACAAGGCGGCUAAAAAUGUGCUUGAUUUUAUAAAUGUUGAGAAAUCAUACCACUAUGUGGUGUUCAACAAUUCAUGGGUAACAAAUAGAGUUAUUUAUCUCUUUGCCUGGACCUCAAUUUAAACCUUCUCCCUGGGACGAGGCGCGGAGAGAGAUGGACUUGAUGAGCUAUUUGCUAUGUCUUCUUGUCGCCUGGACCUCAAUUUACAUCGUUGUCUCAGCUAGAAGAAGCAAAUCUGGUGCUGGCAAGCUUCCGCCUGGACCUGUCCCAUUUCCGAUCAUUGGAAACCUUUUAAACCUUGGAAACAAACCCCAUGAAUCCCUGGCUAACCUUGCCAAAAUUUAUGGCCCCGUGAUGAGUCUCAAGCUUGGCUGUGUAACCACAGUAGUCAUCACAUCUGCAACCAUGGCCAAAGAAGUCCUCCAAAAGAAGGACCAGUCCUUCUGCAACCGAACCAUUCCUGAUGCCCUCCGAGCCCUUAACCACAACCAGAUCUCCAUGGUGUGGCUACCCGUUUCCACAAAGUGGAGAACCCUUCGGAAGAUAUGCAAUUCACACAUAUUCACGAAUCAAAAACUAGACUCCAGCAACUACCUCCGCCACCAGAAAGUGCAAGACCUUCUAGCCAAUGUUGAACAAAGCUGCCAGGCUGGUGAUGUAGUAGAUAUUGGCCAAGAAGCUUUCAGAACUACUCUUAACUUGUUAUCAAACACCACUUUUUCUGUGGAUCUGGUAGAACCAAGUUCUGAUACUGUGCAGGAGUUUAAGGAGUUAGUACGGCAUAUGAUGGAAGAAGCUGCGAAACCCAAUUUGGCAGAUUAUUUUCCGGUUGUUAGGAAGAUCGAUCCACAGGGUAUAAGGCGUCGUAUGGCAAUUCAUUUUGGAAAGAUGAUUAAGGUGUUGGAUAAAAAGGUCAAGCAACGUCUGCGGUCAAGACAAGUGCAGGGUUGGAUGGCUAGCAGCGAUGUGUUAGAUACUCUUCUCAACAUCAGUGAAGACAGCAAUAAUUUUCUUGAUAUAACUCAUAUUGACCACUUGUUACUGGACCUAUUUGUUGCGGGGACUGAUACAACUGCGAACACAUUGGAAUGGGCAAUGGCAGAACUAUUGCACAACCCGGAAACACUGUUGAGAGUUCAAGCAGAGCUCCGUCAAACCAUAGGUAAAGACAAACUGGUAAAAGAAUCAGACAUCGCCCGACUUCCAUACUUGCAAGCAGUGGUGAAAGAAACCUUCCGAUUGCAUCCAGCGGUUCCAUUCUUACUCCCACGCAAAGUCGAAGUAGACACAGAAAUGUGUGGGUUCAUUGUCCCAAAGGAUGCACAAGUACUUGUAAAUGUGUGGGCUAUAGGCCGAGAUCCCAAUCUGUGGGAGAACCCCAACUUGUUUAUGCCAGAGAGGUUCUUGGGAUCGGAUAUGGAUGUGAGGGGCCAGAACUUUGAGCUAAUCCCAUUCGGUGCCGGUAGGCGAAUCUGUCCGGGGUUGCUACUAGGUAUCCGGAUGGUUCAAUUGAUGUUGGCUUCACUCAUUCACUCCAAUGACUGGAAGCUUGAAGAUGGGCUGACACCAGAGAAUAUGAACAUGGAAGAAAAGUUUGGCUUCACCUUACAGAAGGCUCAGCCCCUGCGUGUUCUCCCUAUCCAUGUAUGAGAUUGUUGACUCUUGUGCAUGGGAAUCAAUCUAUGGAAAUAUAAUGAAGGUAUGUGGCCUAGUGCUAUGCUACAAACUGUAUCAAUGGCAUAGCCAAUAAAAACCCACCAUUUGGCCAUGAUGCGUCAAUGAAAAUUGAAAUUACUUGGUGUAUGCCCAGAUGGGUGAACUUCAGCAAAUAGAAUGUAAUGGUGGUGGGAUCAUUGUAAACGAGAUAUGAACAGGCAAAAUUUCCCAAUGCAUAAUCAAACAUGCAUGUUCAGCAAAUAAAGUAGCCGGUUACUCAGUAAA